AUGAAGGUCACGCAACUUGUAUCACAGAAAUUAAGCGAGGCAAUCAAGGCGAAAAUCAGAAAAAGAGUAAAUGAGGAAAUCAGAAAAAGAAUAACUGAGGGUGUCAGCGGUGACGACGAAGGGGUGGAUCAGUUAGACGCAGACAGUGAUCAGGGUGUUGAUGGUGACAAGACAACAUUAAACGGCGAUGCUGGUUCAGGAGCAAAGACAAAGGGGAAAAGAUAUGGAAAUGGAAAGGGGUCCAAAAAGGUGCUGUGCAUCUACGCCCCCGAGAAUCUACGGUACUGCGUUAGUCAGUUAAAGGAGCUAUAAGUAUUGAUGCCUGAUGACAUCAUCUAUAUGUCGCGCUUUCAAUUUUAAAAGUACUUAAUAAAAUUUUGUGUGUCC